CAAGAAGUGUAAUCUAAUUAAAUCGGGGAGAUGGGGUAAAUGUAAAGGAGUGAGAUUCACAUACUUGGAUCUGAUUUCCUUGAAUCGGAGACAGUGAAGUAAUUGGUGGGCCAGAGAUUCAACUGAAGCCAUCGUUACAGGGGCACGAUCUUUUAGCCUUUUCUCAAACAAGGAGGCUAAUACUCUUUCUUCCAAUUUUCUCUCCUUCACAGGCAGUAAAGAGACAAUGUUGAUCUAUUCUCUUUGGGGAGGCUUGGAAACAGCUACUGCAACUCCGGUCCAGCCCCCAGUUUCCUUUGCAGAGGUGGCUGUAUAUUUCGCCAAGGCAGAAUGGGACCUGCUAGAUCCAAACCAAAGAGUUCUCUACAGGGAAGUAAUGCUGGAGAACUACAGGAGUGUGGCCUCUCUGGGAGCCAGGAAGGUAAGAGGCACUAUGGUGGAGACAGACAAAGGCCUUACAUCUGAAGAAAGGCUGGAGGGUUUCUCAAGAGGAUGUGAAGAGAGUUUUUCCUUCCCAGAUGAGUUGGUUGCAACAGGCAAUGAACAGUGGAAUGAGAGUGACGAGGAAGUGUAUCAGCUAUUGCCAGACAAAGCCAAGAAUAGAGAUUUGAAAGGCAACAUCAGGAAUCAAGGCAGACCAAAGAGGCAAAAAGGAAUUCACAUCGUUGAAAAGAUGAAUAAACCAAUUCCUGGCCAAGGACAGGAUUUCUCUGAAGAAAUCCACAGGGUGGAGAAAGCAUACAAGUGCUUGGAAUGUGUAAUGAAUUUUUCAGAUCAAACCCAAUAUGAGAUCCAUUUGCAAAUACACAGUAGAAAGAAGACCCAUCAAUGCUUGGAACGUAGAAAGAGCUUCCUUUGUAGAGCACAGCUCCUUAGGCAUCGAAGAACACAUAUGAAAGAGAAGCCUUCUAGCUGUUCAGACUGUGGCAAGAGCUUCUCAAAGAAAUUAGACCUUGUUCAACAUCAAAGGAUUCAUUCAGGACAGAAGCCAUUAACAUGCUUAGAAAGUGGAGUGACCUUCUCUGAUGGAGAAAAUGGUAAUCUACAUAUUCCAAAGAACUGUGUAAUAAAGGCAUGUAAAUGCUUUCAGUGUGGAAAGUAUUUCCAAUGCAGAUCACAGCUUCUUGCGCACCAAAGAAUACACGCAAGAGAGAAACCUUUUCAGUGCUCAGAGUGUGGAAAGAGAUUCAGUUACAGUAGCAAUCUUCAAAAAUAUCAAAGAACCCACAUGGGAGAGAAACCUUUUGAAUGCUCCAAGUGUGGAAAAAGAUUCAGUCACAAUACUGUUCAACACUAUCAGAAAAACCCCACAGGGAAUAAACCGUUUGAAUGCUCCGAGUGUGGAAAGAGUUUCUGUCAGAAGAGCAGUAUUCGAAGACAUCAAAGAAUCCACACAGGGGAGAAACCUUUUGAAUGCUCCCAGUGUGGAAAGAGAUUCAGUUGCAGUGGAAGUGUUCAGAAGCAUCAAAGGACCCACAGGGGAGAGAAACCUUUUGAAUGCUCCGAGUGUGGAAAGAGAUUCAGUCAGAAUAGCAGUCUUCAACAGCAUCAAAGAACCCACACAGGGGAGAAGCCUUUUGAAUGUUCUGAAUGUGGAAAGAGAUUCAGUCGGAAUUGCAGUCUUCAAAUGCAUCAAAGAAGUCACACAGGGGAGAAACCUUUUGAAUGUUCAGAGUGUGGAAAGAGAUUCAGUCGGAGUAGCAAUCUUAAAACACAUCAAAGAACCCACUCGGGGGAGAAACCUUUUCAAUGCUCAGAGUGUGGAAAGAAAUACAGUCGGAGUAGCAAUCUUCAAAUGCAUCAAAGAACCCACACAGGGGAGAAACCUUUUGAAUGCUCCCAGUGUGGAAAGAAAUUCAGUUGCUGUGUGAGUCUUCAAAAGCAUCACAGGACCCACACAGGGGAGAAACCUUUUGAAUGCUUCGAGUGUGGAAGGAGAUUCAGUCGGUGUGGUCAUCUUCAACAGCAUCAAACAACCCACACCAGGGAGAAACCUUUUGAAUGCUCUGAGUGUGGAAAGAGAUUCAGUCGGUGUGGCCAUCUUCAACAGCAUAAAAUGACCCAUACCGGGGAGAAACCAUUUGAAUGCACAAACUGUGGAAAGAAAUUCAGUCAGAGUAGCAAUUUUACACGGCAUCUAAGAACCCACAAAUAGGAUAAACAUUCAGAUAAUCAUUAACCCUUACAUAGAGAAGUAGGCCUUUUUUCUGACGUGCCCCUUCCCAGAAGACUUCCCUGGAAAAUUCUUCAGUUACAACCUUACCUAUUCUAGACAAAGCAACUAAAUACCUAUAAAUGUGGAGGAAAAACUGGUAAACAGCAAGACAGAAGAUUUAAUACAAAAUACUUAAGUGUAAAAAAUUACCCAACAUUCCAUUCCCAGUUUCCCCAAAUUCAUGCUGUACACAGUGGCAAGUUGUUAGCCACAGUUCAAAAUCACAGCUUCACAAACUGCUGCAGAGGUGAAUGGAAGAGGUCUUUUCUGAUGCCACCACCACCUUCACUGUCAGCUGGCUAAUUACAUCAGGUACACAAUUAGAUUAUCAAACAAUUACCAAAUUUGUUAAUGUCAUCUCAGGAUUAUAGAUUUUAAGUCAAUGAGCAGGAAAUUGGUUUAAUUAUCUGAAAUUCUUGCUCCUGCUGUGCUUAGAAUCACAUUCUAUCGCUGUAUUCACUGACAGGAGCCACGGGUGACCUUACUCCAAAGCGAAUGCUAUCUAAAUUUUGCAUGUGUUCUGGGCUGUGUGACUGUGGUCUAGUAGUUUUUGCUUUUAAUUUUUCACCUGCAUCUCUGACUGGCAUCUUCAGAGAUAUUUCAUGGUGCAAUGCAUUUCUCUCCACGGCACAGUGUGGAGUAACUGUGUGGCGAAUGAAUUGGUUUUUAGGCAAUGUUGAAACAAGCAAGCUACCUAAAACCUUUUUUGAUUUAAUAGAGAAUGUAAAGUUACAAGAUUUAUGGAGAUUAAAAUAUGGCGAUGUGAGAUAAUACACCUUCUAUUCAGAAAGAC